GUCGUUAUAGCCUGAUGACGAAUACACGUGAUCUACUGGGAAAUUCCUGCAUAUUUCCUGGUCUUUAACAGAAGAAAUCUUUUCUUGAAACCACGACGGAAAAUAAUCCAAGUUUUCUGCGUGGUGUUAGAAUAACAGCCCCUGGGACAGUAGGCGACCUUUGGGGUUUUUACCACUUUGGGGUUUCCUUAUCCGCUUAAAGAUUCAAGUGUUUUUUUCCAGGGUGCGAGCCGUAAAUGAAAAUAAAACAGCUGGCAGAACUUUAACACUUCAGUGGAUUCUGUCGUCUUAGUGAGAGAAUGAUUGGGAUCCUUCUGACUCUCAGCUUGUUCCUACAGCACGGAGGCUGUAUGAACACAAAGCAGCUAGAGAUCAGUGCAGGUCACGUGUUUAUCCUUAACUGUAGCUUGUUUCAUGAAGAUGAAGUGGUAAGUGUGAACAUGGAACAGGAUUGGGAUGCAGGGAUAAAGGUCAUAGACAAAGCACUGUGGUUCCUCCCUGCACAAGAGUCACACAGCGGGAACUACUCAUGUUAUUACAGUAACAUAGAUGGACCUUCAGAGAUCCAUUUUUCCAUUUCUGUAGCCAAGCACGAAUGUCCCCCAGUGCCCAAGCCUGUGUAUCUGAAAAAGAGCAGUAAUCAACAUCUUGAUUGUGACAGUGAAGUCAGGCGGAACAUUUCCAUUGUGAGCUGGACCUGGAUGAAGGAUUGCAGACCUCUCAGAAAUGCGAACUCUCAGAAGAUUAAGUUCCACCCUGUUUUAGAGGAACAUAAAGGAGUGUAUACCUGCAUAAUGAACUUCACCCUUAAUGGAACUUCAUAUACUUUUGCUAAGAGCAUACAAGCCAUGCUCUUUGAACCAGGUCCUGUUCCACAGAAGCCCAGAGUCAUAAAACCACGACAGGAAACUCUUGCUGUAAAACUGGGUUCAAAGCAGGUGUUAAAUUGCAAAGUUUUUGUUGGUCUCGGAUCCUGUCAGAAAGAUCGUGUAGAAAUCAGUCCGUACUGGCUGCUGAAUGGCAGCUUUGUGGAAACCAACCCAUACCUAAGUUUUGUUGAAAACUGUACAACAGAAAACAACAUGGAGUAUCGCCACAGCAAUCUGUCCAUUUCUAAAGUUCAGAAAGAAUUCUUCAACAUCCCUUUUAAGUGCAUAUUCCAUGGCUCUUAUGGUCAUGACAGUGGCACGAUUAUACUUAUUCCGGCUGGUGAGAGUGAGCUCUAUGUCCCGUUGGCAGUAUUCACAGCUUUUGCACUAGUAGCACUGGGAGUUUUACUGGUGUUAUAUAAGUUUAAAGUGGACCUGGUGCUCGCUUACAGGAGCCUCAGCCCUUGUUUGAAACAACAGAAUGAUGGGAAACUGUAUGAUGCCUACGUCAGUUACCUGUACGCUGAUGAUCACAGAGUUUCUUUUGGAACAACCUUUGCCCUACAUGUCCUUCCAGAGGUUCUGGAGGAUCGCUUUGGCUAUAAAUUGUUUAUUAGUGAUCGUGAUACAGACCCAGGCACAGCGAUCCCUGAUGCCAUAUCUGAAACAGUGGAGAAGAGUCGCCGGCUAAUCAUUGUUCUUACACCCGAGGCUUUCACAAAAACCUCAGAGAAUAAAGUAAGACUUUUACAGAAUAUGCCACCUGAACACCUCAGUCUAAACAACAACAUAACCACAUCUCAGCUAAACUGGGGUCCUUACGAGUGCUGGGUGGGUCUGUAUGAUGCCUUGGUGAAAGAGUGUCUGCAGGUCAUCCUGGUGCAGGUGGGAGGGGACGUGGAUGAGGCUCUGCUCCCUGAAUCCCUGCGCUAUAUUAAGCAGACUCAGGGCAUACUCAAGUGGAAGCAGCACUACACUAUUAAUCCUAAUGAAAGAUUCUGGAAGCAGCUGCGUUAUCGAAUGCCACCAGUGCCAAAAGCCAGACGUGGUUUUAUGGUUUAAAGCUGUUGUAUUCAGUUUUUGUUACAAAGACUUUUUUUAGUCUGCUAUGACAGAAACCAAACAGGAAGUCGUCUCAGACCAAGGAUUAUUCACCCUCUUCCACAUAAUGAACAGUUUGUCAGAGCAUCCCACUCAGAGAGGACAUGGAUGGCUUUGAUAUAACCAGGAUUCAAACCUUGCACUAUUCUGUUGUUAUUCUACAUUUUCACAUAAGCAUCAAAAAAGCGAGCGGAUGUCGCUCUGAGAUUUACACACAGACACCAAAUUUCCCUCCAGAAUGUUUUAUUGUAGCUGGGAGUAUAAACGUUAUUAUUAAGGCAACCAGCAGAGGAUAGGAAUGCCUACUGGCGACUUCACAGUACAGCGACUGGAGACUGGCAGAGAAAAAAUCCCUGUAUGUUUGAAUAUAGUUUAACCUGAAAACCCUACGAAGAAGAAAUAGGAAGUGAUAUACAGUAGGCAUGUUUAUUGGUACCAUGUCCAAUAUUCCAGCAGUUUCAAUGAACAGAAUCAUCAUCAUCAUCAUCAUCAUCAUCAUCAUCAAUGUACACUAUUUAUGACACAUGGAAUUUAACAUGGAAGAUGCUGGUCUGUCCCUGUAGUAUUCGGCUUCUGUGUUUCAUUCAGAACUAAUUGAAAAGGUUUUGGUUCUGGUUCAGGAUUUCCUAUUCAAAAAGUGUAAAUAAGUGUUUUGAAAGCAGGACAAAGAGGCUUAAAUUAUAUUCCUGACUCUGUCCAUAUAUUCCUGACUCUGUCCACAUGAAGGCACCAGAGAGCAAGUAAACUUCUCAUAUCGGAUUGUUUAUUAAUAUUUUUCAGAAGAUGUAAAUGCACAUCUGUUUUUAUUGGUUUGUUUAUAAGAUUUAAUAUUAAAUGUUUGAUUUAUUUACAGAAAUGUA